CCGAUUGAGUUCACUAAAAAUGCAAAUUAUGUUUGGAACAAUUUUAUACGUUUUAUUGAAAAGUUUAAUAUUGACAAAGGCAACUAUCACGCCGAAGGAUGAUAACACUUCAAACAUCCUUCAGGAAGAGAGUAUUUCCAUGUAUCAGGAUAUAAAUUUCACGCAGAAUAUUUCAAUGUCCGAGAAAAAUUAUCAUCGUAUAUUAAAUUUCAAAUCUGACCGGAGUCAUUCUGAUAGUACUGUGAGAAAUGAGCGAGAAGUCGAUGAAGUUACGCUUGCAAAUAUUUCUAUCAUCCCAGAAUCUAUCGAAAACAGUUUAAACAAGCCAACAUCUCUCAGAGCAUUUGUACAAUUCGACAGUCAAUUCACAGAAAAAGUAAACGACAUUUUUGUGACAUUGAGAUGGAAGCAACCGGAAUUUACCGAUGAAAUAAUACAAGGGUACACAGUGCAAUGUUUUGUUAUGGAGGACUUAAAAGAGAUUCAAAUCUGCGACGAUAAAAAUAUCACAACAUUGGAGCACACGGUGCACAAUCUUAAACCUAAUACGACAUAUUAUUUCCGAGUACGUGCACAUACUGAAGUUAUUGCUGGUCUUUACACGGAUUUCAUCAAUGUGUCGACUACGCAUGAAAAUCCAAUACCCAAAUUAUUAUUAGUAACGGAUGCUGGCAUCCAAAUAUUGGACUUAGAUUCAAAUACUAUUAAUAAUCUCGUUAAACAAUUGGCCAUAUCAGAUGUCGCUUACUGUGUCCAAGAACAUAAAAUUUAUUGGAUAACCGGAAAUGAUCUAAUGACAUUGGAGAUUACUGAAAAUAAUAUCACAAAAAUAGCUAGCUUUCAUAAGCUAGAUCAUAAGCUAUAUUAUCUCAGCUUUGACUGGGUAGCAAGAAAUCUAUAUAUGUCCUAUCAAGGGCCAGUCCGCUCUUUCAUUGUAAAGUUCGACUUAACAAUGUGGGAAAAUGGCAUAAUUAAAUUUGAGAAUAUUUUGGGAAAUAUGAAUGAAAUUUAUAAUUUAAAUAUAUUACCGUCUAUGGGGUACGUUUACUACCGUUCACCUAAAAAAAUAAUUUUGCAUUAA